UGUCACAAAAGUGACGUGGAAUCGAACAGAUUUUGCUCUUUUUCGGUGAUAGGGUAUAUUACUUACUUGCAUUCCCUUUAAGCUUCGUCAUCGAACGGUUGUCAGAUCGUUAUUUUCAGAAAUAAUAAUGAUUUAGUAUGGCGGAGAAGUUGAGUUGUCAGUGAACCCGAUGAGCUUUCGCAGUCCGUCAACAGCACAUUUGCAGUUACAUCGAGUAAAUGUUUUGAUUCUUCAGGUUUCAACACUGUGACACAGGUCAUAAUGGGGUCACCAAAGACCGGCAUAUACAUCAUCCAGGGGGAGAUAAACCUGGUGGUGACUGCCAUGCGAAGAACAUCACGGUGGUCCACUCAUAGUCAUCAGGAUGAUGAUCAAGAUCCUCUGUUGUCCAGUUUCUCCCAGCUUAAAGAUGUUCUAAACAAUAUAUCAGACUUGGAUGACCUGGAACCUAAUGCCUUUCUCAGCCCAUUCCUGGAGGUGAUUCGUUCAGAAGAUACCACUGGACCAAUCACAGGGCUUGCUCUCACAUCUGUGAAUAAAUUCCUUUCUUAUGGCUUAGUCUGUCCUGGCAGUGAGAGUACGGCAGCCGCUAUAGAGAAUGUUGCUGAUGCGGUGACCCAUGCCAGGUUUGUGGGCACAGACCCCAGCUCUGACGAGGUUGUCCUUAUGAAGAUAUUACACGUGUUGAGGACUUUGCUGUUGACACCAGCUGGAGCUCAGUUAACCAAUGAGUCCGUCUGUGAAAUCAUGCAGUCUUGCUUCAGAAUCUGUUUCGAGACAAGACUUAGUGAGUUGUUGAGGAAGUCAGCAGAACAUACACUAAUGGAUAUGGUACAACUGCUCUUCUCUCGUCUGCCACAAUUUAAAGAGGAUCCAAAAUGGACAGCGAAUAUGAAAAAGCUGAAGAUGAGAGCAGGAGGUGUUGACCCAUCCAGAGUCUCCAAAAAGAAGAGGUCCCCUAAGCCAAAGCCAAAACGUAGCCAGCAUGUGCCCCCUACCCCUGAAGAACCCCAACCUUUGCCCUCUGACCCCAGUCAAUCAAGCAACCAACCAGAAACGCCAACUACCUCUGAUGAUCCCUACAUGGCAGAUAUUACUAUAGCAACUACCCCAGUGGCCCCUGGUCAUUCUGUCAUUGAUAUCACCAAGUCAUUCCAGGAGCGUUCUGAGAAAGAAGAAGCUGAGAAUAAAGCAGAGGAAGGAAAAUUAGAAAACGAUACAGCAGGAGAUGGGGAAGUAAGAGAGGAAGCCCCAGAUGAUCAGAAUAUUAGUCAGUCUGCAAGGGAGAGCGUGACAAGGGAGACAACUGGAGGACAGCCACCAUCUCCAGACCCUGGAGGGCAUGUUGUCCUGGAGAUUCCAGAAACAGAUGAUAAUUUAAAGAAAAGUUCUAGUGAGACUGAGCUGAACCUGGAGGCUGACCAGGUGAGCUGUCCGUCAGAGAUCGGGGACGACUCAGAGUCAGUCCACUCGGCUGCAGACCACUCUGACUCCGCCCACGAGGAGUACAUCAGCUCACGGGGAGUCAGGUUUACCUCACAACAACAUGUCAGAGAUGGGUCAGGUCCCCUGAUUCCCUAUGGCCUGCCGUGCGUGAGGGAGCUGUUCCGCUUCCUCAUCUCCCUAACUAACCCUCUGGACAGACACAACACAGACGUAAUGGUCCAUAUGGGCCUCAGUCUGCUAACAGUUGCCCUGGAGUCUGGGGCAGACUAUGUGAGCAGCUUUAACUCCCUACUCUAUCUGGUCAAGGAUGAGAUGUGCAGGAAUCUCUUCAUGUUGAUGCAGUCUGAACGACUGUCACUCUUUGCUGCUGCCAUUCGGGUUUGUUUCCUGUUGUUUGAGGCACUUCGAAGCCACUUAAAAUUUCAGCUGGAGAUGUACCUGACCAAGCUGAGUGAGAUCAUUGUGUCAGAAGGCCCUAAGGUUUCGUACGAGAUGAGGGAGAUAGCCCUGGAGUCUGUGGUUCAACUGUGGAGGAUCCCUGGUCUUGUCACAGAGCUCUUCAUCAACUACGACUGUGAUCUUUACUGUUCUAAUGUGUUUGAGGAUCUCACCAAGCUCUUGUCAAAAAAUGCCUUCCCUGUGUCUGGUCUGUUCACCACACACCUACUGUCCCUGGAUGCCCUGCUGACAGUGGUGGAUAGUAUAGAACAGCACUGCCAUAGCAGGAUCCUCAACACGACCAAGCUGGCCAGUGAGGCUGAGGGCAGGGUCAAUGACGGCCCACCCAUCCGUCCCCAGGGAGAAACUAAGUGGGACAGCUAUAUGGGCAUGAAUGACGCGGACCCAAAGAUUGAGAGUGACGGGGUACAGGUGCCCCCGACCACAGGUUACUGUAUGGCACAGAAACUCAUCCACAACAGAGAUGCUGCAGAUUUAAAUGGAAAAGGGGGAAAGCUGAGAGACAGUCGAAGAGGUCCCCAGAUAAAACCUAAUCGACAAAGAGUCUCAAAUAAAAUUCCAACCUUGGAUGAAAUUGCUGCACUCAAGCAUAAGAAAAAGUUGUUGCAAGCUGGGGCAGAACAGUUUAACAUUAAACCAUCAAAGGGCAUUGCCUUCCUUCAAGAAAACCGGCUACUGUCUACCCCACUGGACCCCGUGGAAGUUGCGCACUUCCUCAAGGAAAACCCCAGAAUUGACAAGAAAAUGAUUGGAGAAUAUAUCAGUAACAGGAAAAAUCCUCAGGUCAUCGAAGCAUUUGUCAAAUCCUUUAACUUUGAGGAGUGUCGUGUUGACGAGGCCCUCAGGAUGUACCUGGAAACCUUUCGUCUUCCCGGAGAGGCACCUGUUAUAUCCUAUCUCAUGGAGCAUUUCUCAGAACACUGGCAUAAAAGCAAUGGUGAACCAUUUGUGAAUGUGGAUGCAGCAUUUACCUUAGCAUAUGCAGUCAUCAUGUUAAAUGUUGAUCAACAUAACCAUAAUGUCAGGAAACAGAAUAUACCAAUGACUGUUGAGCAAUUUAAGAAAAACCUGAAGAAUACAAAUGGAGGGCUGGAUUUUGAAGAUGACAUGCUGGAAGAGAUAUAUACAGCCAUAAAAGGAGAUGAGAUUGUCAUGCCCUCAGAACAUGUGGGUCUAGUCAGGGAAAACUAUUUAUGGAAGGUGCUUUUGCGGCGAGGAGCGUCAAAAGAAGGCGUCUUUCUUCAUGCACCCACAGGCUCUUUUGAUCACGAACUGUUCAGCAUCAGCUGGGGUCCCACUGUUGCAGCGCUGUCAUUCGUGUUUGACAAGAGUUUAGAUGAGAGUAUAAUAGGAAAAGCCAUAUCAGGCUUUAGGAAAUGUGCAAUGAUCUCAGCUCACUAUGGUGUUAGUGAUGUGUUUGAUAACCUGGUCAUAUCUCUGUGUAAAUUUACUACACUUCUCAGCUCAGUGGAGUCCCCAGAAAACAUUCCAGUGUCAUUUGGAAACAACCUGAAAGCUCAGCUGGCCUGCAGAACGGUGUUUGGCCUGGCUCAUCGUCAUGGUGAUAUACUCCGGGAGGGAUGGAAGAACAUCCUGGACUGUAUGUUGCAGCUGCUGAGGGCCAAACUCUUACCCAAAAUUCUCACAGAGGUGGAAGACUUUGUUGACCACAGUAGAAUAAGUAUCGUCAGAGAGGAAUCGCCAUCACAAAGAAAUGAGUCUGGUGUUCUCAGCUCUUUCUACUCCUACUUCACCAUGUCUGAGCCAGCCAAUCAGAAAGCCCCAUCUGCAGAGGAACAAGAAGCCAUCAGAUUGGCUCAUAACUGCAUCAAAGAUUGUCACUUAGAACAACUUGUUCAGGAGAGCAAAUUUUUAAGAGAGGAAUCCUUGCAAGAACUUGUGAAGGCACUGAUAUUUGCCUCACAAGGCCCUGAGGGUCACAACAAUAACUCCAUGGGAACAGCCUUUGACGAGGAUGCUGCUGUCUUCUACCUGGAGCUUCUCAUCAAAGUUGUACUGCAGAACAGGGAUCGUGUUGGUCCAGUGUGGCAGGGUGUGCGAGAUCACCUCUAUAGUCUGAUUGUGAAUGCCAGUGAACACACAUUCCUGGUGGAGAGGGCCAUUGUAGGAUUACUUAGACUGGCCAUACGUCUACUGAGGAGAGAAGAGAUUGCAUCAGAGGUGUUAACAUCUCUGAGGAUCCUGUUGCUGACAAAGCCUGCUGUGAUCCAUGCCAUGUCAAGACAGGUUUCCUCAGGCCUUCAUGACUUACUGAGGACAAACGCAGCAAACAUCCACUCCACCCAGGACUGGUGUUCCCUGUUCAUUCUGCUUGAGGUGGUAGGGGCUGGCUGUAACCCCCCACCUCUCAGACAGGUCUAUCCAGGGGUGGAUGUCUCGGAAACUAUAUCAGAUGCAGGUGCACAGAGUGACAGUGAAGUGGUGGAGACUGUUCACUCUGGGGAGGGUCAAGAGAGGGGGUACACGUCUGACAGUGAGCUGUAUGACCGGGAGAGUCACCAGAGACAUCAUCGUGCCCCCACAGAGCUGGAGGUCAAGCCUGUCCCUGGACAUGGCAGCUGGCUAUUGGUCAACCGAGAUGAGAUAACCCCUCCCCAGUCUAAGAGGUCUAUGCUGGUCAACCAGUACAGUAUAGCCCUGAAUGAAGAGCUACAGACCACAGAUUCCAAGUCACUCCUCAAGUCUUGUGAGACACUGGCCUUCCUGGUGCGAGACGCUGCCCAUGUGACUCCUCACAACUUUGAGAGCUGUGUUCACACCAUCAGGACAUUUGUAGAGGCCAGUCUUAAUGGAGGGCGAACCAAACCUUCAGUAACAAAGAGUUCAAGUAUGAGGGAAAAAAGACACAAAAAGAAGAAGGAGAGUAGGAUGAAGAAAUCGCAGUCGUCUCCGAGUCACCUGUCUAACCUGUCUGAUGACGAGGAAGGGGACAACACCACAGCUGCUCUUCAUUCACUCUCUAUACAGCUGUUGGACCUGAUGCACACUCUCCACACAAGAGCAGCUUCCAUAUUUAGCUCUUGGGCAGCUGAGGGGAAAAAUGGCACAGAGGGGAUAGAUGCGGGGACAAGUACACUGUGGGCAAAGUGCUGGUGUCCUCUCUUACAAGGAAUCGCUCGUUUGUGUUGUGAUGCUCGUCGUCAGGUGAGAAGUCAGGCCUUGACUUACCUACAAAGGGCGCUGUUAGUCCACGACCUUCAGACACUGUCAGCCAUGGAGUGGGAGUCCUGCUUUAACAAGGUGUUGUUCCCGUUGUUGACACAGCUGUUAGAGAACAUUAACCAGGACGACCCAACAGGUAUGGAGGAGACCAGGAUGAGAGCCUCCACCCUCCUCUGUAAGGUAUUCCUCCAGCACCUGAGCCCUUUGCUGUCUCUCAGCACCUUCACAGCUCUAUGGUUAACCAUCCUAGAGUUCAUGGACAAGUACAUGCAUGCAGACAGAAGUGAUCUACUGUGUGAGGCCAUCCCCGAGUCCCUCAAGAACAUGCUGUUAGUGAUGGAUACUGCAGGGAUUUUCCAGACUGUGGAUGGGGUGGAGUCCAAACUGUGGAAAUUAACCUGGGACAGGAUAGACACAUUCCUGCCAAACCUGAAGGGGGAGCUGUUCAAACCCAGGAUGACAGAUACACGCAAAACAGCAGCGGUGUCAGAAGUGGGACAGUCUGCUGUUACACCUGAGGGUGCCCAGCCAGCAGCCACUUCCACUUCACCAUCAGCCUCCCCUACCCCUGACAUUCAGACUGUCAAUGGCUCCACGGCUCCAGACAGCCAAGAGGCCGUGAGACCCGGCAGCCCAUUAGAAGUGGAGAGCCCACCUACAUCAGCAUACAUUCUGCACCCUCCACUCCCCUCAGUGGGCUCAAGAACAACCACCUCUCCCAUCCCCUCGGGCUGCACACCCUCUCAGACCGUUCCCAUUCUUCUUAACCCAGACAUAAUGCAGAGCACAGCCAUUCCAUUCAUCUCACCACAGAGCACUCCAGAACGACCAACGAAUAUGGUGAAUGACAACUAAUGAAGGACAUCUUAAUACAUGCACUAAAUUAAUCCAACCAGGACUAUUGUUACACGCGUCCUGAAACAGAUCACCAGUUAGAGUACAGAGCCUUGAAAUGGUUUAGGAUUGUUAUUAAUAUGUGGGUUGACGUGCCCAUUGUUAUGUAUAAUUUUUAUGUUGUUUGUAUAGUGUGUUAAAAUUAUUUUCCUAAAAAAAUCAAGAACCAUACAUCAAUAACUCAGUAAUAUCAAGUGGCUAUUAUACUGAUAGGUUUUAAAACAGUGUUGGCCUGCAUUCAUGAUUUCUGGUGUCAUUCUGUAUUUACAAGGGUAUAGAGAGUAAGUCUGUUCUCAUGUGUGCUGAAAUUGAGUGCUCUUGUGUUUAUUGUUCUUCAACCUGUCCAAGGGGCACAAAAGCUGAGUACUUCAUUAUUUAUACAGGAUAUAAUAUUACAAUGCUUUGAAGAAAUUGACUAGAACAAUUUAUUCAUCACUUUACAUAAUGCCUUUAUUGGCAUCUGUCAGUUUAGAAAAUGUCGCGCUGUUGGGGUUUAGUUCCUCAUCUAGAAUACGUGCACUCUUGGUUUAAUGAUGUUUGUCAUGGAUCGUGUGCCAGUUGUUCAAAAGUGUAUUAAGUCAAGCCCUGAUUAAAUUUUCAUACUGGUCAUUGCCUGAUACAAAAAUACAAAUGGUAAUUUUAGGGUCAAGUCUGAAGUAAAUACCAGGCUUAAUGGUUAAUGAACUUUGGAACAAACUACCUUGGGCCCACUUCGACAAAUUUUUCAUAUAUCAGUUUUUUGUAACUUUUCUUGUAAAUAACAUUGCCUUAUCUCGCUUUUACCCAAAUGCCGUUUUCAAAAAAUGUUAAGAAAAAAUUUGAUUGAUGAAAUUUUGGGAAAGUGGGUCCUGUUUUUGAAUGUGUCAGUGUGAAGAGGCCAGUGCAUGCAUUUCAAAAGAGUUGCAGGUAGGUUGUCCUAGUUAUUUGCAUGAGGUAGGUGCAAGUGUGCAGUCGGUGUUGCUAGUGCUAUGUUUACUAAGAGCAGUGCCUCUCCGAUAUGUUAUUUUACUUUGUCAAUUCAGGUACAUUCCUUUGUGCAUCUACAUGUAUGAUGAUAUAUUGAUCAGCUGUACACUGAAGGUUGGUUUUUAUUAACAGUUUAUUCUUCUAUAAAAUGACCUGUGUAUCUUGACAUGCCAUUAAAGGGCCUGUUUUGUGAAGCUGUUUUCUUUCGCACAUAGCAUAACUUCCAUGAUAACACAUAGCGAAGACACACGUCUCUUUGGUUGACAGGGAUGGGGCUCCAGCAGGCUACUAAGAAGCUUUAAUACAUGUAUCUUCAGCUUGCACAUGAUGCAAUGCCCAUGGCAACAAAUUUUAAAAAGGCGAAAAAAUGUAAUAAGCCAAAUUAAAAUAAGCAGUGGUGGUGAUAAUCUUUAAUACUUGUCCUAGUGUACUUUAGAUGUACUUAGUCGCUUAUAACUUAAGAGUGAUAUCCUCCACUCUUCCCCACCACCCCCACCUGCAUGCCCACUCAGUGAAAUCUAGAUUCCUGCUUCCUGAUAAUCAGUUUCCGCAUACUCUUUAGUCAGUUACUAGAGAUUUAUGGCAAACAGUCUGUCAGCGCAAAUCCAAUUGAAUUGUUGCCAUUAUUUCAGGUUAGGCCAAGUAUUACCUUUCACAAAACAUCACCUUUGUCGGAACAAUUGUUACUGUUCAAAACUGGUAAUAAAGUUCCAGAACUUUAUUAAGUGGGUCACAUCAUAAUUUUGUGAAACUUUAGAAUAAUUUUAACACUAUACAUACACUGUACUAUAUAUAUAGGUAGUAGAUAUUUACUUAAAGUAAAGUUUGAGCUAUUGUAGGUAAAUAUGCAUAAUUUCAUUUGAUUAGCGAAUAUGGAUUUUUUGGACAGAAAUCUACAAUUACAAUAAUCUCUUUGAAGAACUGAACACUAGCAUGAAUUUGUAGAAACUGAAUUUCUAUGAUGUAUUGGUAUGACACUGGUAUAACUUCCAAUGAUCCUGGCUAGAUACCUUGUUAUGUUGGAGCAUUUAGUAUAUGUAAGUCUGUUCUACAUAUUCCUAUUGGUGUUGUACAUGUCCAUCAGUUGGAUAAAAAUUUAGUUCUUCAAAAGUGAAAAUUACUUACAGAAAUUACAAAAUAUUUUGAAAGAAAAAAAAAGAGAUUUAUCUUUCAUAUUAUAUAUUUCCCUGCAGCAAAGUUGGUGAAAUGGAAUAUUGUAGAGUUUCUUGCAUAAAUGUUAUAACAUUCUCUGUUGUAUUCUAGCUUUAUUGAGUCCAUUGUAUUUUCUGUGAAGGAAAGGUAGAGUCAAGGAAAGUUCUAGGCCUUUGGUUAAAUGUUCUCACAAUAAAGAAAUGUGAUGGAUUAAGAUUGGUUAGUGUCCGUCAUGUAAGUAACCACAAAAUAGUUUAGUGAAUGAAUUAUAUUAGAGUAUCUCUUGAUGUCAUUGUAUUCUAAGGUCUAUAAUCUUUAGAUAUUUAACUGCUGUAUGUUUACCAGAGUGUAGCUUAUUGGUUGUUCUCUGUGCAUGUGUGUCUUUUCUGUGUUACAACUGUAAAGUUCUUUGGCCCUUUUUGUGAAGCAUUCCUCGCAAAAGGUUUC